GGCAACUCUGAGAGUUGUGCCAGCUGUCACAAGAUUAUAUUGGCGCCCUUAUACUAAUACAGUACUGUAGUGCUUCUUCAGUAUGGACAAGCUGCAUAUUUAGGAUGUCUGUGGAGGCAGAGUCAUUGCUGCAGGAGGUGAAGGAGUGCAUAGAAGCAGCUCAGAACUACAGGAGCGAACUGCAGCAGAGAUUACAGGGACUGAGCCAGGCACGCAAACAGGUGCGAGGAAGCUCGACUCAUACUCGCGAGGUUUUGAAACGCCACUUUCAGGAGCUCCAGACGACGCUGAGUCGCCUCCUCAACGAGCGACUGAAUGUGCUCCUACAGGAAGUGGACGCCAUCGAGCAGGACAGCAUCAGUCCGCUGGAUGACUGCCAGAAACUCAUCGAACAUGGCGUCAAGAUGGCUGACGAGCUCUUGCGUGAAGGUGAAGCUGCGAUACGCUGCGGGAUCAGUGACCGAGAAGACAAGCUUUGCAACUUUGCUAAAAAAGCUCUUCACAUUCAGCUGGACAGCCUGCCCGAGGUGCCUGCGCUAGUGGACGUGCCGUGUCUGUCGGCGCAGUUGGACGACUCGUUGUUGUGCGUGAUGCAGGAGCGAUCUGCGCGUCACGGAAGUGUGUCGUCGCAUCCGCCUGUACAGAUAGAGGAGCUGGUUGAGAGAGCAGGUGGAGUGUUGGUGCGCUGGAGCAAGGUGGAUGAGGACUUCUUCCCUCAGGAAUACAGACUGCAGUACAGACGCAGUAACUCCACCCACUACGAGGACGCCUAUACCGGGAGCGAGUGUGAGUUUCUGUUGCUACACCUGGACCCUCACACUGAUUACCUGUUCCGAGUGUGUGCGCGCGGCGAAGGACGCACCGAGUGGAGCCCUUGGAGCGUCCCACAGACCGGAUACACAACCCUCACAGCACACGAGUGGAGUGCUGGUGUGGACGGCUACGUUCUGAGCAGCAGGAAGAACAUGGCGCUGCGCAGUGACUCCUCUUCAUCAGGCUGUGCAUCUGUGCUUUACUCCAACUCACCGUCGUACUUCUGUGGACAAACGCUCACCUUCAAGAUUACAGCAGUUGGGCAGAUGGAUAAGCGUGACAGUCUGGGGGUGUGUAUGGAUAAGCGUAAUGAAUCAGAAUCUCUGCAGAGGGACCAGGCUGUCUGUAUCUCCACUAACGGUGCUGUGUUUGUCAACGGGAAAGAAAUGACCAAUCAGCUUCCCGCCAUCACCAUCAGCUCAGCGAUCACCUUCGACAUGGAGGUGGUCAGCGUUUUUCCUGCCAACAACAACCCGAGCGAUGUGAGCGGCUUCAAGCUGCGUGUUACGAUCGGUUCGGGGAACCGCGAGGUGGUUUUUGAUUGGCUGCUCGACCAAGUCGUGGACUGCCUCUUUUUCGGAUGUUCUUUCGCCCACCCUGGCUGGAAAGUGCUGGUUUUCUGAUGCCGCACUUCACGUUUCGCUGAUGUGCUUCGUUAAAUUCGUAUCUUGACGUCAAAGCUGUUUACAGUGUUUUACUCACACAUAGUUAAUCCCACAGUAGAGUUUGUUGUCCUGCACUCCGUAGCCACCGUAGCUAAAUUUUAAACAUGAGAACAAUGAGAGACGAGCUGUCUCAUUCCUUUAUCGUAAAAGCUACCAUCUUUCAACUUUAGGAUUUAAACUUUACCGAGCCGAUCGCAUCUUAAGUAACAGUUAUUAAGGAAAGAAUGACUCUUAAAAGUCUUAUCUAAAAAUAAAGCCCUUAUUCAAGUUAUGCAACUAGCAUUUAAAGGGGAGAUGAUUUAUUUUUGACCUUUUAUGGUUUGUCCCUGAAAAGAGUCCUCCAGCGUUUGCACCCUUCUCUCGUUAAACAGGUGUGCUUGUGGUUUUCAUACAAGUAUAAGAAAUGUUAUGUGUGCAGAUUUGAGUUGCAGAGCAUGCUGGUUAACCACACAAGCUCACAUGCAUGUCUUUUUUUUUUUUUUUUUUUUUUUGUGAGCUUCCAAAGUAAUAAUAUAUAUUUUUUUCUCCAUCCUAAUGCUAAUCUCCGGGAUUUGGACUAAAAUAAAUCUAGCGCAAAAACAAAUGUGAAUGUCGUGUUGUUGGCGACAGUUCUUCUGUUGUCCCUAAUACGUAUCUUACUGCUUAAAACAAAGGUCAAAACCAAACCAGUAUACCCAUCUCUAUACACAACUGUGUGUUUAUAUACACCAUUUUACACGAGAUGCCAGCAGCUGUACAUUUAGCAGCUCAAUUAAUUUUUUUUUUAUUAUAAACUUUUUUUUUUUAAUGAGAAAACUUUCUUUUUUAAAUAAUGAUUCUUGAUUAAUGAUCAUUGCUACUGUAAAAGAAAAGAAAAAAAAACAGGAACAAAGUUUUCCUGACCACUUACUACAACUGUUUCCUGUCCAAAAAUUGUAUGAUUACAAUCAGUAAUUUUGCUACUAGCUGAGAAAUUCCGAGCAAUUCCAUCGGUUGUCAUUUAUUGAAUGAGGUAUCAGAAGAAUAAAACCCUAUUUAAACAAUAAGUCAGUAUUGAAAAGAAAAAAUACAGUUAUUUAACAAAUGUAUAAAAGGUACUUGGAUAUUAUUUAAGUGCUGUUAAACAUGUAACCAGACACGUAGCACCAUUUACCAAGCUGUGACGGUUCAAGUGAAUUUAUAUCUUCUUUGUACCUCAUGUGUGUAUGUGCCUUCUGAAAAAACCUAUUACAGUGCAGCAGAAGAUUUGUCAAUUAUAAUGAAUAAACAUUUCAAUUCUG